CAACUGAGCGACUUUUUGGAUUUAGUUUCAGUUUCCAUUUGCCCGUUCGCCCAAUCGCUCUCUCUCUCCCGCCGCGAUUCGACGUUCCACGUUCGAUGCGUGUUUUUAAACCUACCGCAAAACAAAAUGAAAUUAAAUUAAAAAAAAAAUUAUAAAUAAUUAUACCUACAGCAAAGCUGAAAAAUUCAACUAACUAAACUGCCCAAUUAAAGUAGAGUAUAUAGAAAUAUACAUAAACAACGACACCACCGAAAACACAGCAAUCGACAAAGAAAAGGAAAUAACCGCCCAAAAUAUUAAAUUAAACUGCAAAGUAACAAAUUGCAAAUGGAUCUAAAACACAGCGCCAGCGGCGCAGUUGAGAGCGCCGAUUCCUAUAUAGCCACCAGUAAGUCAACAGACAUGAUCACGCCCAAGGAGAAGGAUAACAAGGCCAACAAUGCAUCCAAUGCCCCUGCCGAAGGCUACAAAGUGUAUGCAAGACGCUGGGCGGUGCUUAUACUCUUUGUCUUCUAUUCAGCCUCGAAUGCCAUGCAGUGGAUACAAUACACCAUCAUCAACAACAUAAUAACACGCUACUAUGGCAUCAGUGACAAAUGGGUGGACUGGACGUCCAUGAUAUAUAUGAUAUUGUAUAUACCGCUCAUAUUUCCAGGCAGUUGGUUUCUGGACAAAGUGGGUCUGCGCAUCACGGCAUUAGUUGGAAUUGUGGGCACUUGUAUAGGCGCCUGGAUCAAGGUCUUCUCGGUGGAUCCAUCCCUCUUCUAUGUCAGCUUCAUAGGACAGGCAAUUGUUGCUCUGGCUCAGGUUUGCAUAUUAUCACUGCCUGCGAGAUUGGCUGCAGUUUGGUUUGGACCCGAUCAAGUAUCAUCAGCCACGAGUGUGGGCGUUUUUGGCAAUCAGCUGGGCGUGGCCAUUGGAUUUGUUUUGCCUCCGAUGCUGGUGCCCAACUCUGAGAGCCUGGAGACGGUGGGCAAAGAUCUUCAAAUGAUGUUCUAUCUGGUGGCAGGACUUACUAGCAUACUGCUUGUACUCAUGAUACUCUUUUUCCAGGAUAAGCCGCCGACACCGCCAUCAGCUGCCCAGGAGACGUCACAGCGUUUGGAGGGGAAUGCCGAGCUGCAGGUCAGCUUUAUGCAAUCCCUAAAGAAUCUGAUGACCAAUCGGAAUUUCAUCUUCCUGCUGCUCUCCUAUGGCAUCAAUGUGGGCGUUUUCUAUGCCAUUUCCACGCUCCUCAAUCCGGUGGUGCUCAAGUAUUAUCCAGGUCAUGAGGUCGACACGGGUCGCAUUGGACUGAGCAUUGUGCUGGCGGGCAUGUUGGGAUCUGUUGUUUCUGGCAUUGUGCUGGAUAAGACGCACAAAUUCAAAGAGACUACGUUGGCGGUUUACGCGCUCUCUAUGGUUGGCAUGUGGAUAUUUACCUUCACUUUGGACACGGGACACAUUGCUGUGGUUUAUUUAACCGCCUCGCUGUUGGGCUUCUUUAUGACUGGCUAUCUGCCCGUGGGCUUUGAAUUCGGUGCGGAGUUAACAUUCCCGGAACCGGAAGGCACGUCAUCGGGUCUGUUAAAUGCCUCGGCGCAGACGUUUGGCAUUUGCUUUACACUCUUCUACUCGGAACUGUUCUAUUCAUAUGGAGAUGUUCCAGCGAACGUGGCCAUGGCGGUCAUGCUGAUUGUGGGCACGCUCAUCACGGCGGCCACAGGUUCCGAUUUGCGGCGACAGAAUGCGCAAGUGGUGAGCGCCAGCAACAGAGGCAGCGUCGCGGGCAGCGUUGGUGCAGGCGGAGGCGGAGGAGUUGACAACAGCGUCGCUGUUAAUCCAUGAAGAGAGCAACACAUUUACAAAUACACUCCACACAUAGCCCAUGCACAAACCACCCAAUACACACACCCUACACAAUUUACAACCUCCACACCAUCCACACAAUCCACACACUCCACUUCACUCCACACGCAGCUUGCGUCGCCCUUUUAUUUACUUUAUUUUUAAUGCAUAUCAUUUUUGAAAAGUGUUUUUAAUUUAAUUUAUUACAUUGUUUUUUGUUAUGUGCUUUUGUUGUAGAUUUAAGUGAAAUGUGUUAAAUUUUAAAAAUACCUACAUACACAAUACACCACAUAAUACAAUAAAUUAAGCUUAGGCAGUUAUUUUUUCAAUUUUAUAUAUUGGCCUGAACAAAAUUAUAGAUUAUAGUGCGUAAGUUGAGUAAUUGAUAAAACGAAAAGACAAAGACUUGGAUCGAAAUUUAGCUUUAUCUCUAUUCUUUUGCGACAACAACAACAAGAACAAGAACAAGAACAUCAACAAAAACAAUAACAGUUAACACUUCUUAAAAAUGAACUAACAUAAAGUAGUUGAAAAUUGUUUAAGUCCAUUGCGGACAUACUACCUAUUAAACUAUACAUAAUCCUUCAGUAUUAUAGCCAAGCAUAUAAUAAGUAUGUUGACAUAUAUACGAGUAUAUAUAUAGAGCAAAUGUUAUUUAGCACUAAACGUUUCUUCUUUUUUUAAUUUCUUUCAACUGUCGAAUCUUUCUAAAAUACACAUAAUACAAACAACAUUCCAGAAAUAGAAUAUUAUACUUUUACCUAACAAUAUAAAAAGAUUCAGGGGGAAACAGUUGGACGCUUUAUAAAAUUCCGAAAAUCAGUUGAAAACAUCAGCAGAAAUAUCUGUAACAGUAGCAAUAAUAUGUCAAUCACUCUAUUACAGUGAAAACUCGCAAAGUAUGAAUAAUUAAAAAAAAAGAAGAAAUUUCUUUAAGAAUUGAAUAUUAUAACAUUUAAUUAUGGAAAUUUCUUUUCGAGUAAUCACUGUAUUCAGCUUUAUGUAUAUAUUUCUAAUGAAUGUGUUGCUUCAACAUUAUGUACAUACAUAAAUACUAAACACACACACACAUACCGAAACAAUACAUAAAUCAAUUAAAGAUUGCAAUCAUAUCUGAGGCAAGUUGUCGUUAUUUUGAAAUAUUUACAAUUUAACUGAAAUAUAUAAACUAUACAUAUAUAUCUGUACGUCUAUAAUACGUAUAAUUGUUGUGAAAUAGAUGAAUUAACAUAAAAUGAAAUGCAAGUAAAUGAAUUGCACACUUUUUAACUGCAAAAUAAACACACAAAAUGAACACAAAAAGACACAGUAAAUAUUCAAUUUUUGUAGAUAGCCUUUAAGCCAAAUUGUCACCGCAUUAUAACAAUGUAUACUGUAUAAUGUCAAUUUGAAAAAGGCAAAACACCAGAGACUACCUGACAAGAGCCACGGCUACUUGUACAACCUACAACAACCACCUGAAAGACAAACAUCCAAUUAAAAAUAUACUCCUACAAUAACAGAAAUAUAACCAAAAGAAAAAAACAGUUUAAAUUAUAUGUGUAUGUGUAUAGUGAAACGUAUUUAAUAAAACUUAACCCGUGUAUAGAGCAAGUUCCCUAAA